AUGUCUGUCGUCAACAGCAUCAUCCACACCUCGCCUCUCCAAGCCAAUGAAGGCAUUGGCUUCACACCUGUUUUCCUCUCCAUAUCUUUCCAAGGAAGUACAGCGCAGUCUGCACAGUCGAAUUUUGGUACCAUUCCACUACAGGUCACAAUUCUAUGGCCACGAGAAUUUGGAGGGCAGGCGGUGCCUGUAAUUCGCCAUAUUUCCUGGACAGAAUUGGUUUCAAAUUUCGAGUCGCAGUCUGUCCCACAGCUCAUGGGUCCUCUGUACAACCCUGGACAGUGCUGGACAGAGCCACAGAGCCCACAGAGAGGGUUAUCUCUGUGCAGCUCUGUACAGAGUCGUACAGUGUAA